UCAGAUUUCUCACAGGAACAGCCACUUCACUAGAAGCAGAAGCACAUUGCAGUUAGCCAGUGAGGAAAGAUUUUUAGUUUUUUCUCUUUGGUAGGGAUCUGAGGGAUCCACAGAGAAGCGUACUAACAUUCAUUUUGGAUAUUUUAUUUUCUGACUGUCACAAUGUCCAGAGUUGCCAAUCUGUCGAAGCUGCGGCAAGAGAGGAUGAGGGAGAUCAACCAGCGGAAUAAAGAGAGAGAGCACAUGAGGGAGCGAGAGAAGGUGGCAAGAGAGAGGGAGGCACGUUACAGCAAUGGUCACCUCUUCACGUCAUUGACAGUGUCAGGAACCACACUCUGUUCAGCAUGCAACAAGAGUAUUACUGCCAAGGAGGCGCUCAGCUGCCCCACCUGCAAUGUCACUAUCCACAACCGCUGUCGAGACACUUUGCCAAACUGUGCCAAAAUGAAACAAAGGCAGCAGAAGACUAUCCCAAUGAGGAAUAACUCCUUGCAGAAUGUUACACUGCGCACAAAAACUCCUGGAAUGCGCGAGCGUCCCAGUUCAGCCAUCUACCCUUCGGACAGCUUCCGACAGUCCCUGCUGGGAUCUCGCCGUGGUCGCUCCACCCUAUCCCUGUCCAAGAGUGUCUCCACAAACAACAUUGCAGGGACCCUGAAUGACGACUCUCCCCUGGGACUGCGCAGGAUCCUUUCCCAGUCCACAGACUCCCUGAGCUUCAGGACCAGAGCUAUGUCAGUGGAGUCUCUCAAUGAUGACGGAGAUAACUACUACACUUCAGUGUUGGAGGAGUUGGAACUCGAGGGCCAGGACUUCAAGGCGGACUCAUGGAGCAUGGCUGUGGACAACAAUUACUUGCAGACACACCGCAAAAACGUCAUCAAGAGGCAGGAUGUCAUCUAUGAGUUGAUUCAGACUGAGCUGCACCACAUGCGAACGCUGCGUAUCAUGGAAAGGGUGUUCCGGCAAGGCAUGCUGGAGGAGCUUCAGCUAGACCCGUGCACCGUGCAUGCCAUGUUCCCCUGCCUGGACCAGCUGAUCAGGAUACAUUCCAAUUUCCUGGCAAAGCUUCUCAUGCGGCACAACAGCAGCCUGCAGUCUGGAUCCAGCCGCAACUUCACCAUUCACCAGCUGGGGGACAUACUGCUGGAGCAGUUUUCAGACCAGUGUGCAGACGACAUGCGAAAGACCUACGCUGAGUUCUGCAGCCGCCACUUGAAGGCUGUCAAAUUGUACAAAGAACUGCUGGCCAGAGACAAAAAGUUCCAGUGCUUCAUACGGCGGAUGAGUCGUGGACCCUUGCUACGUUGCCAUGGUGUUCAGGAGUGCAUCUUGUUGGUGACUCAGCGGAUCUCCAAGUAUCCUGUCAUUGUUCAGCGCAUUCUGGAAAAUACCACUGAUGAUGCAGAAGAAGCCUCCUUUCUUGCCCAGGCUCUCUCCAUGGUCAGAGAACUUCUUAGUUCAAUAGACCAACAGAUGGAGGACCUGGAGCAAACACAGCGGCUGCAAGAGAUCCAGGCCAAGCUGGACCAGCGGUCCGAGGCCAAAGUAAGGGGUGGAGGACUGUUCAAGCCUGGAGAGCUGUCCCGCCGGAGACUUGUCCAUGAAGGGACCCUUUUCUGGAAAACCCCGGGAUCCCGGCCCAAAGAUACACAGGUCUUAUUGAUGACAGACAUCCUGGUGUUUCUGCAGGAGAAAGACCAAAAAUACAUCUUUCCAUGUCUGGACAAGUCUCCAGUACUGUCUCUUCAGAACCUGAUAGUGAGGGAUAUAGCCAACCAGGAGCGUGGGAUGUUCCUCAUCAGCGACUCCUCUCCUCCUGAGAUGUACGAGUUCCAUGCUGCCACCAAGGAGGAGAAGAACAUCUGGAUACGCCACAUCCAGCGCACCGUCAGCAGGUGCCCAUCGAGAGAGGAGUUCCCCCUCAUAGAGACUGAACACAAGGCUCAUCUUAGGAGACUCAAAGCUGAGCUGCAGCAGAAGGACCGGGAGAUGCUGGAGCUCCUACAGGAGAGGGUGAUUCUGUUCUGUGAGCUGGCAGAGAUGACGAGUGGUCACGAGGGCCUGCAACCUCCCAUCACUCGCUAUCUGUUCAGGGCAGACACCGCCCAAGCGCCGCGCGCUGAGAAACUGCUGCUGGACGCCACGACCGAGGUGGACAGGUUGAGUGAGCUCCUGCUGGGUUCCAGCGUGGACAUCCCUCUCCCAUGGCAGCACAACCACAUGGAGGUGGUAGAAACCAGUGAUCAGGAUCUGUCGCUCAAUGGAGCACAGGAUUUCUUUGCGGCAAAGAAGAUCUACCAGAGGCUGGUGAAUCUCAGUGUUUAUCUCCAUGCACUUCAGGGUGCUGUCAUCAAACAAGACUCCAUUUUGGAGCUGCUACUGCAGCCCCAGGAUACCGUGGCACCAGCUGCAGGAGGAGUAUGGCGUCCUUUCUGGAAAGAUGGUGGAAAUCGGGAGGCCAAUCCAGGGUCCACCAUUGGGGAACUGGCUCUUUUGCAGAGACAACACAGCCUGUUGCAGGAGGAGCUGCUGAGGCUGCGGGAUGCCGAGAGCAGGUUCAAGGACAGUGAGAGAGCCCGGGCAAAGCUAGAAAAGCAUGUCCGAAACAUGAAGGUCUGCAGCGGGAACACACCUGGCUCCCAGCAGCAAGUGGAGCAGGAUUCUCAACCUGCAUCUCUGCAGCCAGGAAAGGAGGACUCACCCAGAGCUGACACCCUGUGGUCCAGCCAGCAACCAGCUCACCGAUCAGAUGGCCUUCAGGACGGCAGUGAUUUGGAGGUGGACAUGACGUCAGAUGAUGAUGGGACGGCAUCUGAAAGCUCCAAAGAUCUUCAAGAUAUUCCAGAAGAGAUCUGAUCCUCGGCACGUUUCACAUUACUCAGCCUAUAGCCAUAGCCAUGGGCGUUUUAUGAGGGUCUCACCCCCCCCCACCACCACCACACACACACACACACACACACACACACACACACACACACACAAACACACACACUUUUUCGUCAAUAAUGCAUCAAGAGCAUCAAUCUUUCCACACACACUAUGAUUCUAGGCAUCCUUAUGAAAUCCAUUCCGCUUGCUAAUUAAGAGAAUGCUCAAAUCAAUGAAACUCCAUUUCACAUUUCCACUGCCACCUUGCACCCAGAUUCACACACAUACACAGAGUGCCACAGUUUAAGAGCCAGAGGGGCAGAGAAGGACAAAGGUGGACUACUGUACACAAUGUUUCCGUAAGUUAUUACAACUCACUCUAACGCUGCUUUCUCCCUUUUUGACUCGUGCCCGUGGACAGAUUUAAGUUGGGAAUGCACCCAGGACGCUUUCAAGACGCAUUGAGAUCCCGUCACUCAGACUCUAGGCCACGUGUGUUCUUACACCAGUGAGAACUAGAAUGUGUCCAGGGCCACAUUAGGCAUACUCAACCGCGAGCGAAACUAUGUACUCAUUCAAAGUAUUUCUCAUGUUACAGAAAGCACUGAGAGUGAGUUGUGUUUUGGAUGUUAUAAUCAGAAUGUUGGGGAUGUGUGGCUGUUUUUGUUCCUCUGCUGCCUGAUCUCAUAUCCCCAGCUGUCUGGAGAUCUGUGCAGUGCGGUUGUAUAGAAAAGGCAGUCAUUGUUAUACAAUAACCUUCUUUUAAGCUUCAUAAAACUUCUCAAAGACCGCAAGAGCAACAUUAACAUUUUGGCACCUAACAAAAAGCACCCAGAUAUUAUUAUAUUAUAUAUAACAUCCACUAACUAUAGAACUAUUUCACCUAUUCUCCAGCCCCACAGACAGAACCAGAACUAAACACAAUCAACCCAUAAACCAACUACACAGGCCUUUGUCCUUUAUACACAUCAAAUGAUAAUGUAUCCAAUAAACUGAAACAUUACUUAAAUACUGAAAUGAAGGAUUAAGUAGACACAAACACCCUAACCCCUGACCCUGACCUUGGUAUUGGGAACAGGGUGAGUGAGAGUGUGACUUGGCGCAAAAUGCUUUCUUCUGAGGGUAAGUAGCAAAUGUAGUCUACCCAUCAUUCUUCUCAGGCUAGUAUAGCCAGAGAAAAGUACCAAACCACCUGACAUCUGCUCAGUUAGAACCUUUCUGCCCAUGGCUAUAGUUGAUUCUGAUAUGAAGUGAUUGACUCCAAUGUGCAUGCCUAUCUUUUCUGCCGGUCUUAAUAUUUAUUGGCUGCUUUGCUUCUAAGUAGAUAACCUUUAACAGUAAGCUGUUUUAUUUCUGUGUCAGGCUUUGGAUUGAUGAUUUCAUUCCAUCAAGGGUUUGGAUGACUGAUGGAUAAGCUAAUAUUGAACUCUAUUACAGUUAAUCUUAAGAUUUGACAAAAUUAUUAUUAGGACUAACGGUAAGAUCACACUUUUUUUUUCCUUCUCAUUUUUAUGUUAAAAAAUAACUGAAAUUAAAUGAAUGUAAAACAAGUCAGGGUGAUUGUUUCCUCCCAAAAUAUCAGGGAAUGUUAAUUUAUUUAUUGUAAAAAUAACAAUACUAUAAUAAUAAUAAUAAUAAUACAGAAAUUAAAUUUUAAAAAUAGGAUUUGCACCUUUGUAGUUUAAACAUUGGUGUCAUUCAAUCCCGUUUAACAUACAAAGUAGUAGUGUAGUCCUUUACUGUAAACAGGCGUUGCACAGCAUGAAGCAGCACUUUAAGCCACACUGCUCCUCUUUAAUAUUUAUAAAAACAAAAACAAAACAAAAAAUAAGUUUCUAUUCUAUAAAAAUCUAUUUAAUAAAACAAACUGUACUACAAUACUAGAAACAUGCAUACCAAGCACAAUAUACUGCAAUAAAUCCUGCUCCUACGAUGCUUAUCCUCCUAAUAAUACGUAACAUUGGCUGUGUCAGUCAGAAGUCUAAAACGAUUCCUAAGUUCUUUGUCUUGAAAUAUUUUACACUUAAGAAUAAAAGCAUGGCUGAGGUCUGGAUUCCUCCAUCACUGUGGGUAAAACCAACUCUCCUGGGUCCCCAACGCAAAUUUACGAAUCCUACUAUGGACACGCCAAGACCUGCCCUUCAAUAGAAUUCACACACUACUAUUGGCCAGAUGUCCAUGCCUACAUGUACAGAUCCUGUCCCCUGUCCAAUCAGCCUAUCCUAACCUUAACCACUCGAGCUGUCAAUGCCUAACCCCAACCAAUUGAGUGAUAUUGAAGGGCAGAUCUUGGCCAUAGUAGGAUUCGUAAUUGCUGUCCCCAACCUGCCUCCUAACCAGGACUCAUCUACUUCCUCGCCUUUCUUCUUGCUAUGCUACGUCAUAACUACUACAGCAACUGGAGGGCGCUGUCACUAAAAACGUUAACUGAGUUGUAAUUGCUGCUUGAAAAAAGGGCUUACUUUAUGUGGGUGGUUUUCAGGAGAGGGCAGUGUCGCCGAAAUACAUCCUGAACAGAGUUCUGGGAAAUCCUAAGCACUGUAUAGGGACUUUAAAGUUUUGGUAAAGAAUCAGUAGUCUGUUUGGUUGUUUUGCAUGUUUUCAAACCUACCCUCUCCUUUUUCUUACUUCUUUAAUAGAAACAAGCUUUGAGCUUAAUUGUGUUUUUAUUAUAUUUAACUCUUUUUAUGAUAUGCUAGGACUGGCUGAUGGCAGUCUGUACCGCCAAGAAGGUUGGAACAAACAUACACUCUGUCAAAUGAAUGUCAUAUUAUCUUCAGGAUAUAGCAUGAAUGUGAACUUUCAACAGUUAUCCUCAUAAUAGAGUGUUGUAACUGUAUGUAUUCUUUUCUGCUAAACAUAUUUCAGGCUACAAUCUCA